AUGAAUAAAGAUCCUGGAGUUCCAGCCACUCCGCGAUCCCCAAAAAUUCAACGCACUUCUUCAACUCAACGAAAACCCAGAGUUACUAGCGCAGCUAAACUCGAUCUUACACAAACCAAACCACAAAUCACGCGAAGUAAUACCCUUCCACCCCCUCCUGGGAAACUUUUUGUAAAAAAUACACGAAAUAAUACAGUAAAUGUGUUGCCGGAUAAUAAGGAGAAAUCAAGGUCUGACGAUGGCUUCCACUCUGAUUCCGAUAAAGAUAGUAAUAAUUCAAACAUAAGUGUACAUAGUAGUAUAAGUCAUCUUAAUAGAAAAUCCAACCUUUUAAAAUUGGAACCUAUUGUGCGAGUGCGCUCUUCUUCAUCUCUUAAUAAUUUAUCGGAAACUGCUAAAAUUGAUAGUUUUAAACUCGCAAAUUUGACCACAAAUCGGCAAUCCCAAUCAGGGCAACAAGCAGGCGAAGCAAGGAAAGAGAGAAAGAUACAAGAUUUGGAAAUCUCCAUACAAUCAUUAAUAAAAUUAAAUACUGAAUUGGAUGCCACCAAUAAACAACAAGCCGCUGAAAUUCAAAGAUUAAAACAGAGACUUGAAAUGCAUGAGAAUUAUAUUUCGGGGCUCAAUGCGACAGACGAUGAGAAUGAAGACGAUAAUGAAGUUUCAACCCCAUUGUCUGAUGUUGAGUUUCUAGAACGAGAAAGAGAAAAUGAUAUCAGAUUUCGGCGGAUACUAAUAGUAAUAGAUGAAAUGAUAAGAACAGGAAAAGCAGCAAUUGAAAGCAUACCAAAAUUAAAUGGCAGUCGAGUACUAUCUAGUCCUCAGAUAGGAUUAAAUCGAGCGCAACGAGCUUCUUCAUCAUCACGAGGAAAAUCAACUGAUACAAUAAAUAUGGAUACGAUUAAUGCAGAAGAAUUAUUUACUAAAGUUGAAUUAGUCCCGGAUGACAAACUUAUUAAACUGAAAAAAUCUGAAGCACAAUCAGAACAAAAAGGGAAUAAUAAUCAUCAUCUAAAAAGAGACAAUAUAAUUUUGAACGCUGAUGGAUUACAGAGCUCACCGGACGAUACUCGAACUUAUCUAAAGGAAACAGAAGAUACAUAUUCAUCAAAAAACGAACUAAAAUCAAAUUUAUCUCUCAAGAAUCCUGAAACCAAAAUAAAAAUAAGCGAAAGCAUUGAUGAAGCAUUGGAAAUUAAUAAGGAUCGAGUUCGAGCUGUAAUUGAUGAACUUUUGAUACUUGCUAAGCAAGAUCAUUUCUAUAACAAAACUCCGGCGACAUCGCCUGUAAAGGAAAGGCCGGGUCUUGGAAUAUUACUUCAAAGAGGACAAUCAACGCAUAUAUCUUCUGGUGUUAAUAAUAAUGAGAUUGAUGAUACAAAACAAAGUUCGUCUGCCAUUUCCCUUUUACAUGAACUUCAGAAUUUAUUAGGACUGAACUCGGUUGUUGAAUCUUCCAAACGCGUGAAAUACAAUCGGAACAGCUUUCCUGUGAUGUCAUCGAGUCUAAACUUACAUGUUGAUCCGCCAGAUGAUAUAGAAGAACUUCAUGAUUCAAGUCAAAAAACUACUACUCGAAAUCGUCGACGAUCAUCUAAAGAACGAAUUAUACGCCGCCGAUCUUCACCAAGUUUUAGUACUCCUUCAUCAUCAAAUACCGUAAGCGAGAGUCACACCAAUAAUUACAUCAAUUUAAACCAAAUACCAGGAUUAGCCAGACAUACUUCUUGGGUUUCUUCCUUAGGAUUUUUAACUCCCUGGAAAGCCGCUACUACGGCUGCUGAAUAA